UAUCCACCUGGUGCUGUUGUUAUUUAUUACGUGAAUGUCAGAAAGGAGAACCGCAUCGUGUCACUGCCACAGUUUGAGAACCUCACCAUGCACAUUUAUAUUUUGACAGCUGGCGACGAGGACGGAUUAAGAUCCAGGUAUGGUGUCAAUGUGCGUGUCCAGGUAUGGUGUAAGUGUGCGUGUCCAGGUAUGGUGUCAAUGUGCGUGUCCAGGUAUGGUGUCAGUGUGCGUGUCCAGGUAUGGUGUGAAUGUGCGUGUCCAGGUACGGUGUCAAUGUGCGUGUCCAGGUACGGUGUCAGUGUGCGUGUCCAGGUACGGUGUCAGUGUGCGUGUCCAGGUAUGGUGUCAAUGUGCGUGUCCAGGUAUGGUGUCAGUGUGCGUGUCCAGGUAUGGUGUCAGUGUGCGUGUCCAGGUAUGGUGCCAAUGGGCGUGUCCAGGUAUGGUGUCAUUGUGCGUGUCCAGGUAUGGUGUGAAUGUGCGUAUCCAGGUACGGUGUCAGUGUGCAUAAGGUAGGGUGUCAGUGUGCGUGUCCAGGUAUGGUGUCAAUGUGCGUGUCCAGGUAUGGUGUCAGUGUGCGUGUCCAGGUAUGGUGUCAGUGUGCGUGUCCAGGUAUGGUGUCAAUGGGCGUGUCCAGGUAUGGUGUCAUUGUGCGUGUCCAGGUAUGGUGUGAAUGUGCGUAUCCAGGUACGGUGUCAGUGUGCAUGUCCAGGUACGGUGUCAGUGUGCGUGUCCAGGUAUGGUGUCAUUGUGCGUGUCCAGGUACGGCGUCAGUGUGCGUGUUCCAGGUAAGGUGUCAGUGUGCGUGUCCAGGUACGGUGUCAGUGUGCGUGUUCCAGGUAUGGUGUCAGUGUGCGUGUCCAGGUAUGGUGUCAGUGUGCGUGUUCCAGGUAUGGUGUCCUAAAUCCUAAUGACUUUGUUAUUUUUCGCCGACAGCUACGUCAAGUUGAAUGGCCGACGCCUGCGGAUGGACGGUGACACGCUCCCCGAGAUGAAACCAAAAGAGGUCACCGGCGUCACAGUGGCGUCACAGAGCUACGGGUUCAUCGUGCUCCCGCAGGCCAAGCUGCCGUUGUGCUCCCAGUUCUUCCAUAAG